GUAUAAUCCUGCCCAAUCGAGUAACUAAUAUGUAAAUUGUACACGUAUGUAACGGGCUAAGUUAGGCUACUGGCUACUGGAGAUUGAAAAUGAAGAUGAAUGCCUCUAUUUGCUCUAAUUGUACAUAGUAGUAAUAAGAACAAAUAGGAACGCCAAGUCUGAUAGAUUAGAUCGGAUACGGGAGGUACGGAGUAUGCAAUGACCAUGACCGAAUGAAUAGAUGAUACCAGCUUCAGCUUCAGCUUUUAGUAUUGUACUGCAACUUUGGUAUUACGCUACACUACCUGUUAUUGGUACUCGUAAGACUACGCCUCUAUUUAUAUCAUUCUAUGCAACUCUCAGCGAGCACAUCCUCCCUCGCUCCAAAUCCUCCUUAUGAAAAGGUGCAUUAGUAUUGCGUGUUGUAUACGUGUAUGUAACAUGUAUUAUAUCUAAUGUGUGGUAUGAAUGGAUGGAUUAUGCCUACUCCUUCAUGCGAUAUUGUGGCUUUGC